AAAGGUAGAGCAACAUUUGACAUGACAAGGCAACUAAGGAGUAUUAUAUAUACACGGUUCUCUUUUCCAUUAUCUUCAAAUUCUAAGCAAAAUUCUUGAGUUCCUGGAAAAUGUCAACUAAAAUUAAUCGUGUGCGAGAGCGACUAGUUGUUAGGCGUGGUGAUGGUGGCGGUGGCAGCAAGGGCGGGGGAGAUGGAGGGAACGAGGGCAGCGGAGGUGGAGUGAAUGGGGGCAGAGGAGGUGGUGGAAGCGAGGGUGGUACUGCUGGUGGGAAGGGCCCAAGACUUGGCGGCACCUGUGGAGGUAGCAACAACAAUCCCGCUUGUGGUGGUGGUGGUGGCGGUUCCAGUGGUGGUGGUGGUUCCAGUGGUGGUAAUUCUGGCACUCGCAAGAAGUAGCAACUCCUAUCAUAACAGGAGUCAUCCAUCUAUAAGAAAAAUAGCCAAAAAUAAAGAGAAAAUGUGGGAUCUCAUUUUCUUCUAUAUGUUUCAUAUAGUUGUUGACUUUAUAUUUGGUUAAUUCCCGAGGCACACUUAUGUUGUCUAUAUUGUAUAAUAAUACAUAUUAAUCGUA